GCAGGGGGCGAUACACAUCACGACUGUUUGUUUAAACACUUUGUACCAUGAAGAAGAAAAGUGGCACCAGCGGACAUGUUUAAAUCAGUCAGAGAUAGAGAUGGAGUAACGCUGUGGAUUUUUUUCGCAGUAAUGACGCGGACAAAGCGGUGAAUCCUCCAUUUUUAAUAAAGCAGAUGUGUUCCUCUCCUGUCAUCCAACACCCACAAUACCGUCAUUUCGAGUCGAGUGAAGGCAGAAAAUAUCCCUACCUAUGGUGUCAAAGGCUGACGAUACACUGAAAAGUCUCUGGUUGAACAGAGACGCUUCAGGCCACAUGUGGUUAUCUGACAGUCCAUCUAAGUCGUGUGCAGAGAGUCCACUGGAAGGUUCCAGUUCUGAAGACUCUGUGGUCUCCGGCCCCAGCUCGCCUUCUGCUGCACUUCAUUCACUGAGAUGCACGAUGUGUGAGAGACUUUUCUCCAAAAUGAGGAGGCAAGGGCCUCCAAGCAAAAAACAAAGAGACCACGAUCCAGCGUCGCUAUCAUGUGAUGAGUGGCUGCUUAAUAAAACCUGGCACCCACAGAGACGGAAGCAAUCCAGAGGGAGGUUAUGGGUGCACUUGAAGCACAUCAGGCUGCGAGCUGCAAAGCAGUCAGACCAUGACAUGGCAAAUACAGCAUGGUGGCUCUGCUCCAGACCUCACGUGUUCCUGCAGAGGAACUUGCGUCGCUGCAAAACGAUGUUUGGAAAGCCAUCUAAAAGCAAAGCGAAGUCGAGAAAUCAGCAGAGAAAUCGAGCAAAAUCCACUAUUUGUCUGCGCAGUGGAAAUUAUCAGAGGAGCAAGAGAAGGAAGUCCUCAGAGAAAGACGAUACACCGGAGCAUCUUUCACCAGUGGAUCUCAGCACUACCUCGGAAGACGAGCUGCCUGGAAACGACAGGACUCGCCGUGAGGGUGUGCCGCGGUUGGAGACAAUUCAGAGCAAACAAUGCGUUAGUGAUACGAGUGGCUUCAUGGACACUCACGCUGAUUGCAGUGGCCUGGAGGGAACUCGUAGGGUGCUGAAAUUUGACACUUUUCCCAAAGCUGUGCUCGCUGAAACGCAGAAACCAAAGCACUACCUCGUAAAUAAGAGUGCAGGAGGAAAAUUACAUGAAGGCCCAGCAGAUUUCGAAGUGAAGAACGGACAUUGUCCCAGAAGGCAAGAUGAACUUCCGUGUGAGGAUUUGGAUGUGUUUAGAACGCCAACGGAUCUCUUCAGUGCAGAUUUGAAGAUCACCAGGAAGAGCAAGCCAUUGCGUCCACGGAAACACAGCUUCAGGUCCAUGUUAGCUGCACUUGGGCACGGUCAUAAACAGAUUAUUAAGGAGUCCCAUUCCCAUCACUGAUGCUUUUGCAGAAAUCCACGAUUUAUUGUUUUUGUUUUCUCCAUUUAUUUUUUAUUUGGUGUUCAUUACAGACUGCAAGCCAGUCUCUGUAUUCAGCUUGUUCAGUAACAAUUGCCCAGUCUGUACACCUGUUGUCAGAUACCUUUCCAAGAUACAUGUUUGUGUUUUGCAUGAAGAUUAUGUGUACUAAACCCUCCAAGACUGUGCAUCACAGAUGCUUACUAGACCUAUUUGUUAACUGUAAAUGUUAAGACUAUUCAAAGGCAAGCAUCAAAAGUCAUAAUGUUGUGGAAGCCAGAAUAUCGGUGGCUUUAUUGAAGUUUAAAAAAAUGUUAAAUUGUAAAUUCUUGCAUAGAGUAUUAUUUUCCUUAAAUUAUUUAGUCACAUUCUCCUUUUUUUGUUGUUAAAACAAUAAAUAGGUUGAUGCAGGAUAAUGGCUCUGGUGCAGUUUCAACUAUGGCCACUAGGUGGCAGUUGUAGAACAUAAACACAACCAUAAAGUCAAACUUAAACCAUUAUUAUUAUUAUUCAGUCUACUUGCAAUAAGUCAGUUUAUUAUUAGAGUUAUUGUAUGGAGGAAGUGCUGUCAGUAUAGAAAGCUUAUCAAGUGAAAACUGAAGUAUCAAGUAUAUUAAUAUGCAUAUUAAUAUAUGUUCAAUCAUUAUCCCAUUAUCUGUCAUCUUGUAAAUCAGUUUCGUGUUAUGGAGACUUUUCAUUGCUGUUCUGCCACACACACUGUGUGUGUGUGUGUGUGUGUGUGUGUGUCAGUCACAGCUUGUGGCCAAACCUACGAAAACCAUGAAUAUAUUCAUAAAGUGAAAAUACUU